AUGGCAUGGUACACAAGCACAAGGGCCACAGACACAAAGCCAAAUGUCAACACUACCGUGUUCAACUCAUUGUCGGUAAUCAUGGUGAGCCUUGAUUUGGUUGUUGAGGUGUUACACGUUGAACGCUCACUAUACUGUGUUGAGUGCCUCGAAGAGCAUCUCCAUAUCUUCCCGAAAAUGGCGCCAAUGUCCCUUGAGGAGAUCCUCUACAGGAAGCUCAUGAGCUCUCCUGCUUUCCACGCUUGGGUGAGGAGGAUUCACGCUCGUAUAAACAGAAUUCCUUUGGAGGAGCAGCCCCUAGAGCACGGCAAGAAGCUCUUUCUUGAAAACUACAAACCAACACAGUUCCACAAGGCCAACGCUGUACGAAUCAUAUUCUGGGACGAGCUCAAGAAAGCGUUCACUUUCAGAAGGUAG